AUGGCGACGUCCAGUGAAUCCACCAACACAAAAUUUUGGACUGUGGAGAAGGAGCAGAUUUUAGUAGAUAUGUGGUCGCAAUCUGCCUUUUUGUUUAUGAUUUCUUCGCCCGACUAUUCAGAUAGGGACAAGAAGUACGCUGCGAUGCAAGAAAUAGCACAAGCCCUGGAAACAACCGAUAUCGAAGAUCUACCUAACGAUGUCAAGCCGAAAUCUUGCCGACAUCGGGUCGUUGUUAGUUCACGAUCGACAUCCGAUGUGCACAUUUCUAUUAUAACUGACGUGAUACUGAUAUCGGGAAGAUAUCGCCAUUUGAUAGUGGAUAGACAGGCGAUUUGA